GUACUAGAAAGAAAGAUAUUCUGAUUUUGGCCUUAAGACUCGGUCUCUCUCUUUCUCUUCCUCUGUUUCUCUCUGUAUUUUCAGUUUCUUUUCAUUUCACAAUUUUCGUUUGUCUUUCCGGAUUUUGAUAUCUGGAAUUUGAAGCCACCGCGAUCCUCCUCAUCCUCUCUAUACAUGGCGUCGCAGGACAAGGGUAGGCCUUUGCCGAAAUUCGGAGAAUGGGAUGUAAAUAAUCCAGCCUCAGCAGAAGGAUUUACAGUUAUUUUCGCAAAAGCUAGGGAUGAUAAGAAGACCAAUGCAGGGGAUAAAGUUUCACCCAAAAAAAAUAAUGAUAAUUCAAAACAACAGCAAAAUCCUCAAGACCAUCAAUAUCCUUCACCGUGGAAGUGGUUUUGUUGUGGUUGAACCCACUUUGUAAUCUGGCAAUGAAUUUUGCACAAACAGAGCUUUGAAUACUUGAAUCAUUUCCAAAAGGAAGGCUCCCUCCUCUCUGAGAAAACCAUGAAACAGAAGAGACUAAUGAUAGAUAGAUGAAUGGAUGAAGUUGGGAAGAGUCCUCGUUGUGGUUGUCUACUUCUUUCUUCUUCUUUUCGUAUACUUUGUAUUUACCUCUGCUCAUAUCACUCUGUGUUUUGUCUAAGUUAUAUGUGUUCUUACUCUAGGAAUGAUAAGUAUAAUAGACAUAAAGGAGUUUAAAAACUUCACGAAUUCCUUUCUUCUCUACUUGCAUGUAUAUCUAAUAUCUAUGCAUGCAUCCAUGAUUCUUCCGA